AUGCCACCAAAGGAAGAUUGGGAGAAAUACAAGGCCCCAUUAGAGGGUAAGGAAAAUGAGGAUGUUUCAAAGGAUGAAAAGAUCACACCUUUGACAGAGAGUGAUAUUCAAGUUUUAAAGACCUAUGGUGCUGCUCCUUAUGCAUCUAAGUUGAAAGAAACAGAAAAGGAUUUGAAAGACAUAGAACUUAGGAUAAAGGAGAAGGCUGGUGUUAAGGAAAGUGAUACUGGUUUAGCGCCAUCGCAUUUAUGGGAUAUAAUGGGUGAUAGACAAAGACUGAGUGAGGAACAUCCACUUCAGGUUGCUCGUUGUACUAAAAUUAUUAAAAAGAGUAGCUCAACUGAAGGUGAAAACGAUAAUGGCAAUGGAGAAAAUGGUGAAUCUGCAUCAGCAAAUGAUGCAGAUGAUGAUGAAGAGGCAAAAUAUGUGAUUAACUUAAAACAAAUAGCAAAAUUCGUUGUUGGAUUAGGUGAACGUGUUUCACCAACUGAUAUUGAAGAAGGUAUGAGAGUUGGUGUAGACAGAUCAAAAUAUCACAUAGAAUUGCCAUUGCCACCAAGAAUUGAUCCUUCUGUCACAAUGAUGACAGUCGAAGAAAAACCAGAUGUCACAUAUACAGAUGUCGGUGGUUGUAAAGAACAAAUUGAGAAAUUAAGAGAAGUUGUCGAAUUACCACUACUAUCCCCAGAAAGAUUCGCUACAUUAGGUAUUGACCCACCAAAGGGUAUCCUAUUAUAUGGACCUCCAGGUACAGGUAAGACCUUAUGUGCGCGUGCAGUUGCGAAUAGAACUGAUGCCACUUUUAUCAGAGUUAUUGGUUCUGAAUUAGUACAAAAAUAUGUUGGUGAAGGUGCUCGUAUGGUUAGAGAAUUAUUUGAAAUGGCACGUACAAAGAAAGCAUGUAUUAUAUUUUUUGAUGAAGUCGAUGCAAUUGGUGGAGCUCGUUUUGAUGAUGGUGCCGGUGGUGAUAAUGAAGUCCAAAGAACUAUGUUGGAAUUAAUUACUCAGUUAGAUGGGUUUGAUCCAAGAGGUAACAUUAAAGUUAUGUUUGCAACAAAUAGACCAAAUACAUUAGAUCCUGCAUUAUUAAGACCUGGUAGAAUUGAUCGUAAAGUCGAAUUCUCUUUACCAGAUCUUGAAGGCCGUGCUAAUAUAUUCCGUAUUCAUACAAAAGCCAUGAGUGUAGAACGUGGCAUUAGAUGGGAAUUAAUCUCAAGAUUAUGUCCAAACUCUACAGGUGCAGAAUUAAGAUCUGUAUGUACAGAAGCUGGUAUGUUUGCCAUUAGAGCAAGAAGGAAAGUGGCAACAGAAAAAGAUUUCUUAAAAGCUGUGGAUAAGGUCAUUAAUGGUUACAAAAAAUUCAGUUCAACCUCACGUUAUAUGCAAUACAAUUAG